AUGCUAGAUCGCCGGCGGCAACACCGAAAAAGGGCGGCUUUUGGCGCCUCUCGCUCGAGGAUGCCAACCGUCCCCGACGCCAUUUGCACUGCCCUGGCUGGUUGCCGGCUGUGCAACUUCGAUGUGAGCGAGAGCUCCCCUCGAAGCCGACGAGACGACGAACCUACUCUCCUCACGAUCGAGCGAAGGCGAUGCCAUGCGGGCAGAGGCAAUACCCGCGACUCCCAUUACAACGGAGCGGUGGCGGAUACCUUGAGGGGCUACACUUGGGGACCCGCGCAGCACGGCGGACAUUCAAUUGCGUCCAUGGAGGGGAUCUUCUGUCCUACAUCUAAGGGCCUGGGCAAGAUCGUGAAGCCGGACGACAUCGAUCUCCGACGCUCGGAGAGGCCUCGCACAGCCAGCCAGCGUCCUCGUCCUUAUCCUUGUGUGACACGCACCAUCACGGUCGAACGCCGGAUGUCGCGUGAUAACGGACCAUCGAAGCCAAAUCGGAACACCGCUGUAAAGCAUCCUAAGGACAACUCAGAGUGAAGCCCGGGAUGGUAUACACAAUACGGGAGCACUGUCGUUGGAAGGCCCUGCGACUCGCAGCCCGGUGUCAGAGCUGCUAAUGAGUGCCAUCGCUUCCAGUACACAUAGGAGGCCGGCA